CGGGGCCCUAAGAGGAGCAACAUGUCUGGGUACAUGAAGCAGCAGAGCCGUGCCCGGGACUUCAACAGCAUUAUUCAGACCUGCAGCGGCAAUGUGCAGAGGAUCACAAAUAACACUGCCCAGAUCCGGACCCUAUUAAAUCAGCUGGGGACAAGCCAGGAUUCCACCAAGCUGCAGCAAAACUUGCAGCAGAUUCAACAUUCCACUAAUGUCUUGGCCAAGGAGACCAACACAUAUUUGAAGGACCUUGCAUCUGUCCCCACGCCACUGUCCCCUGCAGAGCAGCGCCAGCAGAAACUUCAAAAGGAACGUCUUAUGAAUGAUUUUUCAGCCGCACUUAAUCACUUCCAAGCUAUCCAGAGACAAGUGUCUACUAAGGAAAAGGAAACAGUAGCCCGGGCCAGGGCAGGCUCCCGCCUCUCGGCUGAUGAGAGGCAGAAGGAGGAGCAGCUAGUGUCUUUUGACAACAAUGAAGACUGGAAUCAGCUGCAAAGCCAGGAUGAGGAAUUUGCAGUUACAGAGGAAGAUCUAGAGCUUAUAAAGGAAAGAGAGAGCGCCAUCCAGAAACUAGAGGCAGAUAUUCUUGAUGUCAACCAAAUAUUUAAAGAUUUAGCAGUAAUGAUUCAUGACCAAGGAGAAAUGAUAGAUAGUAUAGAAGCCAAUGUGGAAAGCGCGGAAGUUCAUGUGGAGAGAGGAACAGAGCAACUACAGAGGGCAGCAUAUUACCAGAAAAAAUCCCGGAAGAAGAUCUGCAUUUUAGUAUUGGCUCUUGCUAUCGCAGCUGUGAUCCUGGGUCUCAUCAUAUAUUUCUCUGUGAAAUCCUGAGGCCUCUCCUAGCACCCCUUCUUCUGAACAUGUUAUUUUCCUCAUGAAAUCUGCCGUGCGUACAAUUUCCUCCAACCAUAACUGAAAAAGAGAGACAGGAUUUUUUUUAAAUAAUGGUGCAAAAAAGUGCUAUUGAUACCAGAAGGCGCUGCUGUGAGACAAUCCUGAACAUGACAUUGUAGCCUGCCAUACCUAAGGCUAAAAUAAGCACCCCUAUGCAGCUGAGGAUAUGACAGUUUAGUGGAAACGCUAACCUUUUUUUUCCCUUUUAUCUUAGUGCUGUCAUUUAGUGACUAUUUUGCCACGUGGCCAGGACUUUUUUAUUCCAUUUACAAAUCACAUUUUUCCAGUUGGCCUUCAUUUUAGCACACUAAUCUUGCUCACAAGAGUUUGAUAAGCUAUAUGCUGGCAACAUUUUGAACUCCUUGUAGAUAACAUUUUAGAAUAGGAUUUAUUUAUCACUGGUUAACACAGUUCUCCCCACCUUGACACUCUGGGAGUAUAAAUUCUUCUCAGACUGGCAUUGCACAAACCUGUAUAUAUAUUAAAAAAAAAAAAAAAAAAAAAAGCUACAAUGGUUUCACUAACUAAGUUUAUUUAUGUUUAGAAGGGAGAAUAUUGCUAAUGUGUUAGUCUUGGUAACAACACUGUCUUCUCAUUGGGGACUCAUUAUGCACAGCCUUUUUGGUUUUGUGGUGUGUGUGUAUAUACACAAGUAUAUAUAAAUAAUUGUGUAAUUUUAUGUAUAUAACUAUACACCCAGUAAUCAUCUCAUGAUAAAUGUUACUGACUCUCCCCUUUUAGCAUUGUAGUAAUAUAAUUUCAUGGAUAUAAUAUGUUGAUAGGAGGCAAAAUAAUAAUAAUAAAAAUGUAAAACCCCAAA